AUGCCAGAAUCAUCCUGCAGCACCAACACUAUUUUCAGUCAUUAUAAUCGCAGAAAGUGUUAUAACAUAGCUGAUGUUAAUGCUACCGCUCUUGUUCACAACUCUGAUGCCAAUAGGUGUUGUCACAACAGCGAAGAACACGGCGAUAACAAAGUGGGUCGUCGGAAAAACCAAAGAAUUGUGGGCUACUAUCACAACGAUGAAGAUAAUGAUGACGAGCAUGAGAAUGAUGAUGAUGAUAAUGGCUGCUUUGCUAGUUGGUACGGAGGAAUGUCUGAGGGCGAACCGCGGCAACGGCUUCAACAUUUCGUAGUGGUAAAAUGGCAAAGACAGUAUUUCAAGGAAGUCUCACGUUCUGAUCAGUUUGUUAGGAGUUUUGUAUUAUUUAUUGCUCUAUGCUUCGGAGUUUCGCUGUCUUCCGCUUGUCCAGAAAUUAUUUCAACAAUCUGUCGAUGCGACGAUUCGCACCAUGGAAUCGUCUUGCGAUGCUCCCACAGCGAUGGCGCUCAAGCAGUCCAGCUGCUACGCGCCAAUCAGAUCAAUCUGGGCUUGAUCCAACAACUUGAGCUGCAAAAUUCUGGACUGCAUCAUAUCCCAGCCGGAUUUUUUUCCGGUCUGUUUAUCAAAAAACUGGACUUGUCACAUAACAGCAUUGCGGAUAUUGACGAAAAUGGAUUCUUGGGAAUGAGCAGUGUUCUGCAGGAGCUCAUAUUACACCAUAAUAAUUUAACCCGACUACCCGCUAAAGCACUGGUGCCACUGUCAGCGUUGCUGAGACUCGAUUUAUCCAACAAUUCAAUCGGCAAUAUAGAAGCAGAAGACGCCAUACCACCGCUGUCUAAGCUGUACGAUAUUAAUUUGGCAAAUAACCGCAUAUGCCUAAUACAAAAGAAUGCAUUCGACGAUGUCAAGUACACUGUUCAGACUAUCAAUCUCGGCAAGAAUUGCUUGAAAGAAGUUCCAGCGCCAGCGAUCAGAGGAUUCAAGCAACUCAUGGCACUGCAUCUGCACAGCAACAAUAUCACAGCGCUCGAAGCACUGUCCUUUAUGAACCUACCACUAAUGAAUUUAUUGAAUUUGGCAUCUAACCUGAUCUCUGACGUCCAUAAGCAAGCAUUCCUCAAUGUACCAAACUUACGAUUUCUGUAUUUGACUGGAAAUCAAAUUACUGAAAUUCGACCGCGCCAGUUUGCCUCAUUCGGACAACUGGAAAUGGUCGACUUGACAGGCAAUCAACUAACUAAGCUGCAAGCCGAGGGAUUUUCGGAUUUGCAAAAUAUCCGACAAUUGUAUCUUGGUGAUAACCGCAUUGACACAAUAGAACCGCGAUGCUUCACAAACAGCUCAGUUAUUAUCUUGGUGCUCAGCAAGAAUAACCUCAAGGAACUCCGAAAGGGAAUGUUCGAUGGUCUGGACAAAAUGCAGCAGCUUGUGCUGAAGGAUAACCAGGCAGUGAUUCAGUUCAUUGACCAGAACAGUUUUUAUUCGAACCCGAGUUUGGCAAUGAUCGACCUGAGCAAUAACAAACUAAUGGACAUACCACCAUCAACAUUCCUGGCCCAAAUCAAUCUUUUUCUGAUUGAUUUAAGCGGUAAUAAAUUGUUGCGCACGCCAUACGGAGCAUUUAGUCGACGCGUGAAAACCGUCCUUUUACAAGAGAACCCUCUUGUUUGUUCGGAACGCGUACAUAUGCUACAGCAAGGUGUCGGUAUCUACGUGGCAAGCAGUGCGGAUGCAGUCUGCAGGCCAAAUAAACUUCCAGCGCAUAAUUUGACAAAUGCAGCUAAUAGUGCAGUUGGCGAAUCUGCAGCUGUAGAUUCGAAUGCAAAAACACAGUUGGAGGAAAAAGUAGUGUCGUUCAAAACACCGGCUAUUAUCCGUCCAUUUUCAACCAUCGAAAAUGAGGUGACGAAAUCACUUAAUGAAGCAGAAGAUCAAAGUAACAUCGAACGCAUGACGCCCGUUCGACCUGUUAAUGCAUUGGUCAACGCUCAACCGGUUGCUGUACCACGGCCGUCACAAAGACCCUCUAUGGGUGAGCUGCCGGAGCUCGGAGUAAGGAACCUAGGUUCUGAUUCUGAAACUGGAGUUGAAAAACAUGGUCCGAGGAGAAACGACAACAGCAGAAAGCCAGAAGAUCCUGGAACAAAUAACAAAACCGGAUCUGUUGACGGCAACCAAAUUCUUGUGGAAGAUACAAAAAUGAUUCAGCCGCUUCCGACACCAUUCCGGAAUCGCCCCAUAACUUAUGUCGAAAACAUGUUGACCACAGACCGGACAUCCAGGAAGCAAACAGUACUAGCACCAACUUAUAUCGACAACAACACGCUGACCGCAGGCUGGGCAUCUAGGAAUCAAACGGUAUCCCGAGUAGAGACACUACCUCCAAGCAUUGUGAUCGCAGAUAGCGCACAAGAUAUUGAUCGAAUUGGCUUAUUACCGCCAGUACCUGAAUCCAAUCAAAUUGAAGCCGUUGCAGUUAGGGAUGCCGAAGAGAAUGGAGCUCCAUCGGUGAUAAUCAUGGUCUGUCUGUGCACAGUGAUCGUUGUCAUGUGUGCGGUAUUUAUUGGUCUAUCUAUCGCGCGGUAUCGACGCAUGGGUAUAGUUCACGGAUCAAUGACAACCAACAGCUCAGCUGCAGCGCGCACUAAUGCUUAUGUAGCAGCUCAACUGGAUAUGAUCUAUGGGACCGUACAACGCAAUCGGAAUGCAGACGGGCAGCCGUGGAUAUACGCGCCGGAUGCAAAUGCCAGUUAUUAUAAAUAA